AUGCGAGGCCUCAUCGCAGCAUUCAUUUGCAGUGUGAUCCUAUCCAGUUCGAAAUUGUGUGGUGCAGCGCAAUUGGAACAAAUUGAACGUGCAUUGAACAUCAAGGUCAUCGAGCAGCCUCAAUUAGACUUUUCAGAAAGUGUCAAUGGCCAAGUACAGUUGCUGGGCAACUUCCAAGAUCUCAAUUUCUAUACGUAUUCGGGCCAAAACAACUUCACCGGUGAAUUGACCAACACCACCGACCAAAGGCUCAUCUAUUCUUCCGGUGACACACUUAUCGAGCUUUAUGCGGCCCAGAACAACGAGACUUUCCAUAUAGAGCACAUAGUACCGCUGGAGUCCGAUUCAUUUAUUCUCAGCGGGACAGGUUCUAUCUUGGGCCACCAAUUAGACCAUCAGUUGGUCCUCAACCUUUCCACGAUCGAAUACCGUCAGAUUUUUCCCCAGACGUUGUCAAAGGUAAAUGCCAUCACAGUUGUGGGCGGAAAGGCGUAUUUUGGCGGAGAUUUCGAAUACCAGAGCGUCAAUGCAACUGUACAUUCUGUGGUUUCUUGGGACUACGAAAGAAAUGAGGUUGAACUUUUACCUUUUGGAGGGUUCGGCUUGGGUUCAAUAGUCAACUCCAUCUUACCCUGGAAUGAUCAAACACUUUUUUUUGCAGGAAAUUUCUCUGCAGUCGAAAACUCUAAAGCUUUAAUGAAUAGCUCGAAUUCCACCAAUACAAAUGUGACUGUGCCUGAAUUGAGUAAGCCUCUUUCUCUUAAAAAUGCGGAAUGGAGCUCCACGGGAAUUUUGCAAAAAGAAGAGCUAAUCUGCCCAUCCUCCUCCGACAGCACAGGUUGGGUAGAAAGCAACAGUGCACAAGGCGAGUUCAAUGUGACUCUCGCCGCCAGGACGAGACUAUCAAAACUUCGUCUUUAUAACUCUCCUGUGGAUGAUGAGCAGGUGUCGCUAUUCCGCAUUAUCACUUCGCCUUCCAAUGGCAUUAUGAAUCUAACCUACCUGGACCCCUCAAGUGGCCAUUUGUCUUUCUGUGAUGCCUGGUGCCCGUUGUAUCCCAUUAAUAAUCUAAGUGCCCUAUCCUCCGGCAGUUCUAGUGCCGACAGGACCUAUUUCCUGGGAAACCAAACAACGCUAGAAUGGUCUGACUCGUAUCAAGACUUUGCAUUCGUUGACGAAGUUCCAAUUACAAGCUUGAAAUUUAGUUCCCUAGACUCCUACGGCUCAAGCGCGGGGCUCAAGUCAUUCGAGCUCUAUGAAGAUCAAAUUUCUGUCUAUGCUAACGACACAAACAACGCUCCCAAUUGCGGCGGUGCAACCACCAUGUUCAAAUCUGACCUGUCAAGUACUUCUGUAUGGCAGUCCAGUUCACAGGGAGACAAUUAUGUCUACACCGAUUUUGACAGUAGUGAAGAUCUUCCGUGGGUAACCUACUUAGUCGACAUUGCAUAUCCCGGUGAGUACACGGUCAAUUUGUUGACACCGGGAUGUACGGCUGACAAUUCUUGUGAGUCAAGAGGCGUUGUGAAUGCAACAGUGCGUUCCCAGAAAAAUGAUACAGUCCUUUCCACAUUUGACAUUUAUCAAACUAAUGCAUACGAAAAGUAUGACACGCUUUAUUCGGGGCCUCUCGAUGACAGUUUGAACAUCACAGUGGUUUUCAAGAGUGCUGGUAGCUCUGAUAGUUCUGUUAUGGUCGCUGAAAAAGUCGAGGUUAUUUCUAAAGCAUAUGAUAGCUCGGUGUUUGACAUUAAAGACCACAAUCUUUUGAACGGUCUGAUGCAAUACAAUGUGACCCAAUCAGAGGUAAUAUCUUACAGCCAAGGAAUCAAUUCUAGCGCCAAUCUGAUGGGGUUAACAACAAGCUCGACGCUUCCAAAACAUGCGAACAUGUUCAUUGAUAGAUUGGAAGAUACAGCUGUACUAUUAACCUCCACAGGUGAUUUGAUAACAACUCACCUAGAUGAAAAUUUAGAGUCGUCUAAGAUUCGCUCAAGAAGCAUCGGUCAGAAAAUUGACUCAGUGCAAGCUUUUUCUAAUGGCCUGGCUGUCAUCGGGGAAUUUGAUAACUCUACAACGGCAAUCGCCUUGAAUCCCGAUGGCACAGUAUUUGAUUUUUUCGGAGGUAACUUGAAAGCUUCACGUAUAGCCAACAUUACCCUAAAUGGUGAGGAAGCCUUGAUUUUCAAUGACAACUUCGUGGUCGAUGUAACCUCGAAGCAACUUCUUCGCAAUACGUCUAAGCUGGCCUUAUCAGCUCUCAGUGCAGGUUCCAACUCUUUGAACGACACCUUGAUGCAGGGAAACAUCAUAAAGAACCAGUAUACCAUGCUCGAUGGUACUUUCUCGUUUCCACUCAAGUCGAGCCCAAGCACAAAUUCAUCGAAUGCAUUUGGAGGGAUGUUUCCAUACGAUGCUGUUUUCGUUGAUAAUUCAACCGCAAUCUAUGCAUGCUAUGAUCCACAAAAUUCGUCAAAUACGCACACAUUGAUUAAGCUGGAAAACUCAACCAAGACCCAGAACCUGCCCUAUCAAUGGCCAAAUCCUGUCUCAGCUUUGGCCUACCUGAAGAACGAAUCUCUCUUGGCCAUUGGCUUGCAGAAUGCUACCACAGGACCGCAAUUCAUUUUAAGAAACCUUAGUGUCGACAGUCCUUUGGCAAAUUAUUCCUGGUCCAACGAAGCCUCCGUCAAUUCAUUCAUAUUUUUGGAGGGAAACACAUCGAUUUUGGUAGGUGGAAACUUCACAGAUGAGAAGUCUGCUUGCUCCGGACUUUGCUUAUUUGAUUACCGCGAAAAUAAAUGGUCAUCUUUUCUUAACAAUUCUGUGACCGGCGUCAUCGAUAAAAUGACGGCUUUCGACGACACGCUUAUUGUCGCAGGAUCUGUGCAGAUCGGCAACCAAAGUGCUGCCGGUCUUGUUACUUUGUCGUUUACCAAUGGCUCAUCCGAGGUUGUGAAAGCUGGAGAUGAAGAAGUAAAAGACUUCGCAUUCCUGGAUGAAUCCCACAGCAACCUCGUUGCAGUUUCAGAACGCAAUGUUUAUCAGCUCAUGAACGGAAGCUGGACGAAAGUAUCUUCAGGAUUCGAAACCUCUUCUGUUUUUGAAGGAGCUCAGGCUUUUCCUCUGCAUCAAAACUUCUCCGAGUACACAACUACUAAUGAGACCAAUGCUAUAAUUAUCACGGGUGAUAUUCGUCACGAAAGUUACGGUUCAUUAAGCGCAGUAAUCUACCAUUCUCAACAGUGGUUUCCAUUUCUCACCACAUCAUCCGCUACAACGGCAUCAAAUUUCGAAGGUCCUCCAGUCAUAUUUACAAACAAGGAUAUCUCUUCAGCCGAUAGCUAUCAAGGUUUCUUACAGAGUCCCUUACAAGUUAAUACUACUAACAGUGGAGGGCGUCCAUCUGAACCAACAUCCUCUAAGUCUCAUCACAGAAACGAUGAAAAGCGAAUCGACAGAGGGUUUGUUGUGCUGAUUGGCCUUGCACUCUCCAUGGGAACAAUAGCUGUCUUGGGAACACUGGCAGUUGCUCUUUCGUAUUUCUUUGGUGACACUGGUGAAAACUCUCAAUUUCUCAAACCACGUAUCGACGAGAACGAAAUGAUAGACACGGUUCCCCCCGAAAAACUAAUGAAAUUCAUAUAA